UCACCUUGGCCGCCCCCUAAACGGCGAAGCAGGCGGGUUUUCUCAACGGUCGAGUCGCGAAUCACGCGAUACAAGCAGCGCCUUGCUCCUCGAUAGACGAGACUUUUAAAGUGCAAACUGACGAAAAACAAAAGCCAGAAGGGAAUUAGAGUCAUCGAUUCGUCAAGCCCGUCGACAAUUGGACGCAUCCUCCGAUUACUUAUACGUCGUCACCGGGUCACCGCUAAAAAAGCCAAACUACGCUCGUGCCAGUUCGAGUCCGUUAUGAACGCGAGGUUACUCGCACAGGUUUAGCACAGACAUAAGAUUCGCGAGACGCUGUCGUGACAGUCUGUGGCUGCGCGAGCAAAUUUACUUGUGAAGAGGGAAAGUGUGUGUGCAGCCGCCGGCGUGUGCAGUGCCAAUACCUCGACCGACGAUACGGAACGACGACUCGAGUGCACUUGAUAAUCAAACUCUCGCCUUUUUUGUAUUGAAAUCCGUAUGCCGCAAGUGAUCGCGGUGUUGUGCCUCGAAGAUGCUGCGCACCAAGAAGGAUGUCGAUCGCCACGUGAAUGAUAUUUUUCGCAAAAUACCCGAUGAGACUGAGAGGAAUUUAAGAAGUUACAAAAUAGCUGAAUUGUAUUUCAAUGUUGGAGAUUAUGAAAAUGCCAGACGAUAUCUCUCACGUUAUUUGGAAGAAAAAAAGGACGCCAAGGCUUACAAACUCAUGGGUCAGAUCCACGAAGCUCAGGGAAAUAAAGAAUCUGCCCUUAGUCAGUUCAAGUUGUCAUUUGAAUUAGACGGUAGACAAGAAGAUCUCAUUUUAAAAAUAUGUGAACUUUUAGUAGAUUCUGAUGUUGUUAUUGAUGUCAAUCGAGCCAAAUAUUGGCUCGAAAGAGCAGAAAAACUUUUUUCCCACGAUAAAGUAGUUUUUUGUCUUAAAGAAAAAAUUUUAUCUUCUGAAGAGUCAUCUGGAAAAGGAGAAGGCCUUGAACACUUAAUUAAAGCUGAAUUGUUAGCAAGACCAUUAGAUGUUAAUCUCAGAGUAAAGCUCUUGAAGCAUUACAUGGAAAAUGAAAAGUACGAUGUUGCAUACAAGCAUGCAAUGGAUAUUGAAGCACUCAGUACUCAUAGAAACAGUGUAGUUUGGUAUAGGGUUUUAUGUGAACUUUUUUUAAAAUGUAAAAGCUCCAAACAUACUAACUGGGUUUACUGGAUAUCGUAUAUAAGUGUACUGGAACGUUACGCUGCUUUAGCUAUCCAAGAGCAAGGUAACUCUAUACAAAAACCAUUUGAAGCUCUUCAAGCAGUUUAUAAUUUCGAUCAGCACUUGUUUGAAGCCAAAGCUCAAAGUUUCUCAAGCCAUCCUUCGAUGACGGAGAGUGUUUUUGCACACAUGUGGGGCCAAUUGAACCUACAUCUUGCAAGUCUUUUGUUAUUAAUGACGCAACGUGAACAAGGAAGCUGGACAGAAGCGGGAAGAUUAUGUGGACCUCUUUUUCUAACAGCUGUUCAUACUAAACCAAUUGAUCUCACUGCUUCUUGGACAACUCAUCUUGAUUCACAGCUUAAGAAUCAAUUGCAGCUUUGGUAUCGUGAAGGAAAUUAUCGUUGCAGUCAAGCAGGACAUGUGCUUCAAGACUAUGCUAGAGGUAAUCCUAAAAAACUUAUCAGCAGUAUAGAAAAGUUUUGCUCUGGUUCUUGGAGGGAACGGGUGUAUCAGAGAAUUUUCGUCAGUAAAAUGUAUCAAAAAAUACGAACAUCGUAUUUCACCAACAAUAAUGCAAUGAAUCCGCGUUACCGACUUCUUACUUCCAAUGAAUUAAAACAAUAUGACGAAGUAUCGGAAGAAGUGUGGCCGUAUUCAUUACAUCAUCAGAUUUGGCCAGCCAUAAAAAGCCGUAGUACCAACAAAUAUGAAGCACCACAACCAAAUCUCUCUUCUCAUUUAUUUCCAACUCUUCAAUACACUGUUUAUAGUCUAAAUCAAGCUGGUCCUGCAACUCUUAGCCGUCUUGACAUUGAUGCAUUUUUGAAUGCUGCUGUUUUAUGUGCAUCAGCAGUUGUAGAUGAACAACAAAAAAAUACUUUUAAUCCAGACAAACUUCCAACUUUACCUGCAGAUUUAACCAGUCAACUUUGUACUGAAGAGCAACAAAAAUGGUGGACAGCUGCAUAUAGUAUUUCCAGAAAAGAAAUGUUUGAUGUCAAUGAUACACGGCAGAAUUUGCAGCAUGGAUUAGAAGUAAUUCGCUGCAUUGGUAAUCAUGGUUUGCAUCCAGUAAUUUUAGUUCACUUGGCGCGAUUAUUCAACUAUAGAGCCAAAAAGUUGAAAGAAAAAAACAGCGAAAGUGGUGAUAUACCAGCUCUAGAAGCUCGCGCUGAUUUGUACUGGUCUGCUGCUGUUCCUUUACUUGAGAGAAUGCAUAAUAACCAAACUAUUCGAUCAUCGCAGAAAAAAUUGUUUGAUUACACAGGGAAAGAGAUGAAUAACAUGGAAAUAACAGAAGCUAUUGAAGAAGGAAAAUUACUUUUAGUACAGAAAUUGGUUAAAGAUAAGCUUUAUGAACAAGCAAUUGAGGCACUGCAAUCCUUAAAAUGUCCAGAAGCAUCGUUUGAACAGGGCCAAAUCUACAAGCAGUUGGCCGAAGAAUCCAUCGAUAACACAGAAAUUGAAAGCAUGUCAUCAGAAAUUCGAACGCAAUAUAUAAUUAUUUUAUCUAAAGCUCGCAAUUGUUUUUACUUGACGUUGGAUCGUUUGCGCAGUCCAAAUGCUGAUCCAAAACAUCCUUUGAAUGCAGAACUUUGUAACUACAUUACUGAAGUUGAAAAUAAGUUGAAACGUAUCGAUCCUGAUGAACUAGACUAUGACCGAGCUCCAAACGAUUAUGAUGAAGUUUCUGAAGAGAGUUACUCUUCUGCUCACAGCGAUGAACAACGCUUGCUGGCUGCCAAUUCUGUGCCAAAUUUGAACAAUUCUAAUCAUCAUACACCCAAAAAGCAUCAUCUACGUCGCACACCUAAAAAAUUCAGUACUCCUCAGCCAAAUAAUAUCAGUGUUCUUGAGUUUUCGCGCAGUCGCUUAAUAGAAUCACGACCAAGUCCAGAAAGGCUUGACGCCCAGAUACGUCAGCUUGUUCACUCUGUUGAUUCUUUAAAAAUACAACAGCGUGAACAACAUUUGGCAAUGAUCUCAAAAUUAGAUGAACUGAUUAAGUUACAUUCUGAUAAAGAUAACCAAUUGAAAAAAUCUCGUUCAUCGCAAAAUCAAAAUGUUGAUGAUGUAACAUACCAUGACGAUGAUGUGAGUUUUAGCAACACUUCAAUGCCGAUUGGAGGAAUGAGUCGAACAGCUCCUUUAGCGCCAAAUUUGUUCGCUCAACGCAGUCCCUAUCCCUUUAUGUAUCCACCAACAACUCCUGCAGCAGCUGCUCUUCAAAAUCCCUACUAUUCUCAACUGGCUCCAUUUGCUGAUACAAAUGCAGCUGCAGCUGCCGUUGCAGCAGCAGCACAGAUGAACUACCAUCAUCCAGUUAUGCCUAACACACAAAUGAAUUAUCAUCCAGUAAUGCCAGACACCGCUGGACUUUUGACGCAUGGAUUAUUCUCACCUCAGACAUUUACUCAACCCCCACCUCAACAGCAACCAAAACCACAACCUCAACUACAACAUCAACUUCAACCUCAACAGCAACCUCAAAUUCAAUCAUCACAAACUAGUUUUGUACCUCAUAUGGUUCAACAGCAACCACAAUUGGCUUUUGGAGAUCAGAAAAAAAUUGAGCCUAAAUUCAGUUUUGUGCCCACAAACACCAAUGUACUUGAAAAUGCACAAAAAGAACCUCAAGUGAUGAGCUCAACUCCAACAAAUCGUAAACCACCUCCAGUCAAUGUAGUAAUUACUAAAUCUGAUACUAUGCCAAGUGAAACAUCAGCUACACAGCUGCAAACGUUCAGUGUUACUGUACCUCCUCAACAUAGACUAGGAGUUACGCCAAAUGUUGAACAAGAACCUAAUGUUCCUCACAGUUAUCAGAUAUCUAUGCCCUCACAAGCAAAUAUACCAACAACUGUUAAUCUUCCACCUUUAUCUGCCACUAUGACCAUUACUUCACCAACUCAAGCAAAUGAUAAAAAUACGAGCUCAGUCUCAGUUACCUCGCGCCACAGUAUCUCAAGCGAUACAGUAGAGGUGGAACACGAUCCCAUUCCAGAUUUUGCGCCUAUUAUUCCAUUACCAGAUGAGGUACCUGUAACAACUGGUGAAGAAAACGAAGAAGAACUAUUUUGCGCACGGGCCAAACUGUUUCGGUUUGUUGAUAAAGAGUGGAAAGAAAGAGGUAUUGGCAAUGUUAAACUGUUGAAAAAUGAAGAAGGCAAAGUUCGUUUACUUAUGCGACGCGAGCAAGUAUUAAAAAUUUGUGCAAAUCACAUGUUGAGGAAAGAUAUGGAAUUGUCUCCAAUGCCUAACAAUGAAAAAGCCUACAUGUGGGUAGCCAAUGACUUUGCCGAUGAAGAGCUGAAAUUAGAAAAAUUGUGCAUCAGAUUCAAAACUGUUGAAGAAGCUCAAAGUUUCAAGGAGCAUUUUGAAAAAGCUAGAGAUAGUUUACCAGAUGACAGUGUAAAACAAUCGAAGCCAAAGACUGAAAGCAGUGUAUUGAAAAAAGAGUUAUCCACUAAACCAGUGUCUACUGAGGCAAAAGUGUCAGAAAACAAACUAGGUGGAUUUUCUUUCACAUCAACGCCAAUUUUGCAACAGGCAAAAACUCCUACGACGCCUUUAGUUCAGAAAAAACCAGAAGAAACUUCAAAGCCAAGUCCAUUUGCUACUUUCACAUUUGGAAAAUCCUCUAAUGAACCAUCUAAACCUGGUGGUUUUAAUUUCGGUGAGAAACUUCAAGAAGUAGUCGCACAAAAACCGCCGUCUUCAAUGAAUAAUAAACCCGCAGAACAGAAAAAGCCGUUGUCAGAAAUGUUUAAACCUGCAGCUGGUUCGUGGGAGUGUCAAGCAUGCUAUACUGUCAACCCGUCGAACAAAACCAAUUGUCUUGCUUGCCAAACAGCUUCAUCCAAGCAAGCUUCUUCUGCUACUGCUCCUGCUGCAUCAAAUAAACCACCAGUUAAAAAUAGUCUAUUUGAGCAAUUUAAACCAGCACAAGGAUCAUGGGAGUGCAAUGAUUGCUAUACUCGUAAUAAUGCAGGUACAAGUGCUUGCGCAGCUUGUAAUGCUCCGGCUCCAGGAGUUACUCCUACCACGAAUUCUGCUCCUAGUGCACAGAGUUCUUUAUCUGCAAUGUUUAAGCCACCUGCUGAUUCAUGGGAGUGCAAAGCUUGUUACACCAGAAAUGUUGGCUCCAAUCAAUACUGCGUGGCAUGCGACGCCCCUAGUGAUCCAAAGUUACCACCUAAACCUAAGCCUGCUGGUGGAUUUAUGAUUUCUGGAAGUUCCGAUGCAAAACCAUCUUCUUUCUCAUUCGGAAUGCCACCUACAACUAAUAUGCAAGCAUCCAAGCAGGAGACAGCUUUCAACUUAAGCACCAAAGCUAAUGAAACCAAACCUGAAUCAACCAAACCAAUCUCGAUUUUUGGUACCAAUCAAGCUUCAUCUGGAGCUGGAUUUAGCUUCGGCAUGCAACCACCAUCCACUCCACCCAAUCGAAAUUCUGGUGCAUUUUCAUUUGGGUCUCCUGGAAAAUCAUUUGACUUCCAAUUCCAAGCAAAGUCACCCAUAAAGUCACCAGAACGACCUGAAACUAGUGAUGACGAAGUUGAAGAAUCUGAAGAUGUUUACUUCGCACCUAUCAUUCCAUUGCCCGAUAAAAUAGAUGUUAAGACUGGCGAAGAAGAUGAGGAUGUAUUGUAUAGUCAUCGAGCGAAAUUGUUUAAAUUUGAUACAGACACUAAAGAAUGGAAAGAACGUGGUUUGGGUGACAUCAAACUUUUGAAACAUAAAACAACUAAAAAGCUAAGAUUAGUCAUGAGAAGGGAUCAAGUCCUAAAAUUAUGUUUGAACCAUGCUGUGUCUGCAGCUAUUGAAAUAAAGCCAAAAGAUGAUAAAACUUGGAUGUGGUCAGCUGGUGAUUACAGCGAGGGAGCUGUUGAGUACAUUCAAUUUGCUUGUCGCUUUAAAACUCCUGAAAUAGCUGCAGAAUUUAAAAAGGCAGUUGAUGAUGCUUGUAAAGCAGAACCAUCGAGUGAAAUUGCACCUGAAAAAAAGACUCCAAAAGCUACCAAUUUACCCUUGAAAGAACCUUCAUCCGACAUAGAGGUUGUUUAUGAAGUUCAAGUAUCAGAGGACGACAAAAAAGCUGCUUGUGAGCUAAUGCUUCCUGAAAAUUUCUACUCUUACAAAAAUAAAGCGGAUUGCCCAGGCUGUCGUGGUUGUCGUGAUGAAGAUAAAUUUUCAUUUGAAAAUGUGCCAAGUGGCCCUGUUAUUGUUAAAGCUAAUAGUCCUUCGACUAGUGCCACCUUCAAUUUUGGUGGUAGUAGCAAUGUUCAAGGAGGUGGUUUUAAAACGGAUUUUGGUUCAACUAAAACGCCAAGUCUUUUUGGUAAUUCCAGUUCCAGUAAUACAACUGCAAAAUCGACUAGUUUCGUUUUUGGAGGUGCUAAAAGUGACUCGACAGAUUCACAAUUAGAUAACUUGAAAAUUUGUGAGCCGUCGUCUAAGCCUGCGGCAUCGGGAGAAAAUGUUUUUAGCUUUGGCUCUUCUACUUCGAAACUAAACUUUGGUUCAACUGCAGCUGUAAGCGCACCCACAACGACUAAAUCGUUGUUUGGCCCUAGUGCUAUCACUACGGCUCCCGCAAAUUCAAAACCACUGUUUGGUUCAAGUUCUGCAACUACACUUCAUCCUAGUAUGGUAGCGAAAAAUUUGUUCAGUGAAUCAAAACCAACCUUUGGACAAAAUCCACCUCUUUUAGAAGAACCAAAAGUUACGUCGGCUAAUUUAUUUGGUGGACUAGCAAAAUCAACAUCUUCUACUACUAGCAGUAUAAUAUUUUCGACUGCUACUCCAAACAUGUCAAUUUUUGGUGGACAAACAAGUAUUACACCUACUUUUGGUUCUAGUCUUAUGAAAGCCCAGUCAACAUCUGUAACUGAUCAAAGCACAAGCAGUACUAAUACAACUACUAGUAGCUCAUCGUUAUUUGGUUCUAAUAUUACCAAAACAUCAAUGAGCACGAAUGCUAAGCCUUUUGCUUCAUCAGUUUUGGAAGGAAAUUUAGGAAAAUCUCUCUUUGGUACUGCAACUACGACAUCGACGAGCAAUCAAUCGUUAUUUGGCAACAACUCUACAAAAUCUAUUUCUGUAAUUACAACCGAAACAUCAAAGACUGGUUUAUCGUUAGGCAGUGAUUCAACAAAGCCUAUUUUCGGCAAUUUAAGCUCAACGUCUAAUGAAUCAAAAUCUUUGUUUGGUGGCGCAACAACAAUAACACCAAUAACAAAUAUAUUUGGUAGCAGUACUCCUACACCAGUAGACAAUGUAUUUGGAAAAACAAGUGCAUCGAGUACUAAUAUUUUUGGUGGUAAACCAAUAAUUGCAUCACCCCCACAAAGCUUAUCUAAAUUUGGAGUUGCGUCAGAAGCUGAAGAUACUUCGAAAAAAGAUACUGUUAGCUUCUUGCCCACUGAAAAUGCGUUGUCUUUUUCAGCAUUAGCUACCAAAACAGGUGCUGAUGAUAAACCAGCAUUCAAAGUUGAUCCAAACUUUACUUUUGAAGGAGCAGGAGCUUCAGUAUUUGGUGCUAAAGCUGCAAAUACCUCGGUUAAAAAAACUCCAUCAAAAGAUACAUCUUCUAAAACACAAGAAAAUGAUAACGACGAAGAUGGCGAUGAUGAAAAUGAGAAUGGAGAUGAGCAUGAUCCCUACUUUGAACCUAUAAUACCGUUACCUGAUGCUAUUGAAGUUAGGACUGGCGAAGAAGACGAAGAAAAAGUAUUUGCUCAUCGUGCCAAACUCUAUCGUUACGAUAAUAAUACGAAAGAAUGGAAGGAACGUGGUACCGGUGAAAUGAAACUCCUACAUCAUCGGGAUCACGGUACCUAUCGUUUACUUUUGCGUCGUGAGCAGGUUCACAAAGUCGUAUGUAACAUCUUGGUAACCAUUGAUCUGGAUAUGCGCCCGAUGAACACGUCCGACAGAGCGUGGAUGUGGGCAGGUAUGAAUUAUGCCGAGCCCGAAAAUCCAGAAAUAGAACAAUUGGCAGUGAGAUUUAAAACACCCGAGCUAGCAGCACAGUUUAAAGAAGCUAUUGAUAAGGCACAACUUCAACUUGCUGAAAAAAUGGCUAAUCAAGAAUCAAAAUACGACGAUACACAACCAGAGGAGAGUUAUGAAGAUUACGACGAUGAAUACAUUGGCGAAGACGAUGAGGAUGACGAAGACGGAGAUAUUAAUUUGUUUUUGAAAAGAGCAACUCUAUUUUCCAAAAAUGAAAGUGAUGUUUCUUGGAAUCAUGUUGCAAUGGGCAAUAUCAAAAUUAUUUAUGAUUCAGAACUCUUUGGUGGUAGGAUCAUCAUAGAGACUGACAAUAAAGAAGUAGUUAGUGACACUGUUAUUAGUAUGGAUACUUCGAUGCAACUUAUUGACAAAGAGUGCAUUUGGGAAGCUAUUGAUUAUGCUAUUGAUCCACCUACAUCACGUAGCUUGAAAGCUGAGUUUUCAUCUUCAAAUACAGCUCAAGAAAUGUACAAUGUUUUCUUGGAUGGUCAAGAUUUUGCGAGUAAAGCUGACAUAAGAGGUUGAAACAUAGUCUAACUUUUUAUUGAUAAUUUUAAAAUAAUAAGUAGAUACAGAUUCUUAAAGGGAUGUCAAGGCCAAGGUAAAAUGAAAACUUUUCAGCCUGUUUUUAAAGAAUUAUAUUUUUCUAAAAGGUUCUAUAGUGCUCAUAAGAACGUUUAAAAUAAUUCAUUAUAGUACCGUUUAAAAAAAUAUUCAUUAAAAGUCUUGAAAAAAGUUUUGGAAUGCUUACUUUUACCUUGGCUUCCAUUCUGUAUUGCCUUGAAGUAAUCAUGGAAAUCACUAGAUAAUGUAAAAAGAAAGUAUCGUUUAUAUGUAAGACAAAAACGGAUUGAACAAUCUAUGUAAGCUUAAAGCAGGUCUUUUAUUGUAUGUGUUCAUGAGAAACAAUUUAUUUGAUUUUUUCUUGAAUAGCUUGUUCACCUGUUUUCAAUUAAAUUACAAAAUAGAUGUAACUACUAUUGAUACAAAUUAUUUGGUAGGAUUAAUUAUUGGAGAAGAAAGUGCAAGACUUUUAGGAGUGAUUUUUUUGAUUUUCAAUUUCCAUAGUAAUGUUUGUAGUGAUUUUUCCUUCUCAGAGCUGUUUGUCACAAGCAAUGGGACCUUACUACUCACUACAAUCAAGUCUAGUUGAAUGAAAUCAUUUGUCUAUUUUUAUUACGAAUUGGCUCGUGAUAAUGGUUAUAAUCAUUGUUAAUCAAUUUUAUAAAUAAAUAUAUAUGCAUAUAUAUUAUUUGAAAAAAUGACUCCACAUAAGCAUCUUAAUAUUAAAUAGUAUCUUAUCUGUUAAAAACGAGUUACUCUGAGAAAAUAUGUAAAAAUAAUUCAAUAAAGACUGUUUCCUACGUUAAAAUAUAA